UAUGUUAUUAUAAUUUUUUUUUUUUCAUUCUGACUUUUGAGUAAAAGCGUCGUGUCGAGUUUCCUAUCCGAUCACUCCUUUACCUUAUCCACAAGCGCUUGUUUUCUAUCAUGCAGAGAGCUUCUCAAGUCCUUAGAGUGUCUACUGUUGGAACUGCCCAACGAGGCUUGACUGCCGCACCCCGUCUUGUUCAGCAGCGUUUGGCUUCCACCGUUGCUGGUGCAUCUCCUAAGCGCGGCAAAUGGCAAACUUUCAAGUCUGUUGUCAAGUACGGCACGGUCGGCGCUGUUGGUUAUGGUCUUUACAGUAUGUAUCACCAACGUUUCCCCGGCGAACAGCUCCCAUUUGAUGCUUCCAAGCGCACCAUUGUGGUUUUGGGUAGCGGAUGGGCUUCUACUUCCUUCCUCAAGUCCAUUGAUACCGAACAGUACAAUGUCGUGGUUGUUUCUCCCCGUAACUACUUCUUGUUCACUCCUUUGUUGCCCAGUUGUACUGUCGGUACCAUUGAUGUUAGAUCCAUCGUUGAGCCUACCCGUUUCAUUACCCGCCACAAGUCUCGCGAAGUCAAGGUCUAUGAGGCUGAGUGUACCGAGAUUGACCCCGUCAAGAAGACCAUUACCAUUGCUGACAAUUCCGAAAUUAAGGGUGAUUCUGCCCAAGCAACUCUUGAAUAUGAUUAUUUGGUCAUUGGUACUGGUGCUACCAACCAAACCUUUGGUAUCAAGGGUGUUGAGGAGCAUGCAUGCUUCUUGAAGGAGGUCUGGGAUGCUCAAAAGAUCCGUACCAAGGUCAUGGACUGCAUUGAGACUGCAGCUUUCCCCGGUCAAGCUGAAGAGGAAAUUGAGCGCUUGUUGCAUAUGGUCGUUGUUGGUGGUGGUCCCACUGGUAUCGAAUAUGCUGCCGAACUUCACGAUUUCCUCAAGGAAGAUCUUGCUUCCUGGUAUCCUGAACUUGCUGAGAAGAUCAAGAUUACUCUUGUUGAAGCUCUUCCCAACGUCCUCCCUGCUUUCUCCAAGCAAUUGAUCGAUUACACUGAAACCACCUUCAAGGAACAGAACAUCACCAUCCAUACCAAGACUAUGGUGAAGGAAGUCAAGGAGAAGGAAAUUAUCGUUCAGCAAGCUGAUGGUACUAAGGCUAACAUUCCUUAUGGUUUGUUGGUUUGGGCUACUGGUAACACCGUCCGCCCCGUUAUCCGUAACUUGAUGGCUAAGUUGCCUGAACACCAAACUGUUCGUCGUGGUUUGGCUGUUGACGAUUGGCUCCAAUUGAACGGAACUGAGGGUAUCUAUGCUCUCGGUGAUGCUUCUGCCACCAAGUACGCCCCUACUGCUCAAGUUGCAUCUCAACAAGGUAAAUACCUUGCUCGCCUCUUUGGUCAGCUCGCUGUUUGCGAUAAGAUGGAGGAGGAGCUCAAGACUCUGGAGGAUGGCGAUGAGAAGGAGAAGAAGGCUCGCAAGUUGCAAAAGGCCAAAUCCAUCAAGCCUUUCGAAUACACUCACCAAGGUUCAUUGGCCUACAUUGGAUCUGACCGUGCUAUUGCUGAUUUGCCCUUCGGUGGCGGUAAUGUCGCAUCCGGUGGUGUCGCCACUUUCUUGUUCUGGCGCUCCGCUUAUCUUUCCAACCUCUUCUCUGGCCGUAACCGAUCACUCGUUGUCACUGACUGGAUCAAGAAGAACAUUCUCGGUCGCGAUAUCUCCAGAGAAUAAGAUUCAUUCCCUUAUGCCCUCAUGCUAAAACCAUUCAUCAUAGACAGAUGCAUCAAUAGAGAAUCAUUUCUUUUUCCCAUAACAAAUUUCUAUCGUACAAGUUUAUUGACACACCGUCAAGUGUUCUUCCA